UUGUUGACAUUGUCAACUUGUCAAUCAACUUGUAAUAAAUGAAAUAAUUAUAAAUUCUUUCUAGAUUAUUUUGAAUAUAAUUCACUUUUGUACAACUUGUACAAUGGGUAUUACAGACUGUUUUGAAAAUAUUAAUAUUCCUCCUUGUAUUUGGUUUGAAGGAGGCGAUAAGAGAAAUGCUUAUGCAUCAAUGUUAGCAGGGCUAUUGUUUUUCUCUGGUUGGUGGGCAGUAAUUGAUGCUUCUAGUGUACACGGAAACAUUUUAGCAGGUUAUCAUAUGUGUGGAGUAGUUGGAACUAUAUCCUUAAUUAUGGUGAAUUCUGUAUCAAAUGCACAGAUGAGAGGUGAUGUAUAUGAAGGAGGAUGUAUGGGUUCUCGUGGAACUCGCAUUUGGUUAUUCUUGGGGUUCGUAAUGGGUUUUGCUGCAGUUAUUGCUUCUUGUUGGAUAUUAUUUGCUGAUUUCAUGGAAGCAGGCAAAAGAUGGUCAGGAGUAGCCCUAUUCCUGCAAAAUGCAUUAAUCUUCAUUGCUUCUAUUAUUUACAAGUUCGGUAGAUCUGAGGAUUUGUGGGGUUAAAAAUGUUGUGUUUAUUUGUUGUAAUAGGAAUAAUAUUGUUCACUUAAGAUUCUUUGAAAGGUUGGAAUCAUGGACUUUAUUAGAAAAGAAACUAAUUUUGUAUUAAAAUAAUAUUUCAUAAAGAUUAAAUUUGUUCUUUCUACACAUCAUUUUCAAAAUUGUUUAUUUUGAAUUUUAAAAAUAUAUUUAUUUCUUCUAUUAUUCUUUUGACUGUAUCAUUAUGAUUUUAAAGGUUUAUUGCUUUAUAUUUAAUAAUUUUCAUGUUGACAUUGAUUUGAGACCAAUAUAAUCACUCCUCCCUUUGUCAAUUGCCUGUUUUUACUCAUCAGUAGUAGGUAUGUAGUUUGUUUGCUAAAUAGCUUUAUUUUUCAUUAUUUUUUGUUUUGCCUUUACCUUUUUAAUUAUAAAUUUACACUGAUCUAAAACAUGUAAUUUCUCUCCUUGUGUCAGUAUAGCAUUCAAAAAUAAAUUUAAAUUUUUCACUCAGUUUUAGGCUAUAUUUAGGAAAGAACAGUUUUCUCAUUUACAUCACCCAUUACAGCAAUAAAACUAAAAACUUGUAAUUUACUUAAACUCGAAGAUUUAUUUUAGAUACAAAGUUGAAAAAAAGUCUGGCACAAAUUGGCCGCCAUGUCCAUAUUUUUUUCACACGAUCACUGCUUUUGAAUAUCCACGUCUGAUGCAUUUUUUACAUCUCUAUCGUUUGUUUAUUCACAUCGGACACAUCUGUUCUACUACAUUUACAUAUAUUAAAUCAAGUGAUCA